AUGUCUUCUACUGCUCCUACUCGCCAAGCGCUGAGUAAUCUUAUCAAUCACACUGAUUCUGGUCCCUCUCAGCGUCAACGACAUGAACAUUGUCCUUCAGAGAAGGCCUUGUACCAAGGUGAACAGACUCGACUUCCACGCAAGAUUCAUCAGAGUAAGGGCCAUGUAGCGGCCCGGGAUUACGAGGUAGCGGUCCAGCAACUUAUCAAGUAUGCAAUCAGCCAUUUUUGUGUGUGGCUCGCAUCCGAGUAUGCCUAUCCAGAUCGAAUGACUCAGGUAUUGUGGGCGAAGGAGGCCUGGAAGGAGGCAUGCAACCAUUAUGAGAUAGAGAUUGGUUUUAAUGGAGAGAUUAUACAAAUGAUUACCCGGCACACAUUGCAUCUCACGAGUGAGGUGAAAGGGAAGGUUCGCCCACUUGUUGAGAGUAUUUACGGUUUCGAGUCCACCAAUCGGGAGUCCAUCAAGUCUAGGAAUCGCAAACUCGCCCGUCAGCUCAAGGAUAAAUUUGGGAUGUGUUACCGGGACCUCGGGGACAGAAAGAACAACAUGCCUCGCAGCGGUCUAUUUCAUACAAGGUUAAAUCAGCAAGCAGCAAAUUUAGUUUGGUACCGCAACAAGAAGGAUGAUGGAGUCGUGUUCGAGGACGUUUUGUCUCCAUUUCUGAUACCUGCAUUGGCCUUGGUGUACACCACAGCUGAAUGCUGCAUCAAUGAAUGGUAUGACGGUGAACGCACGGAUAUCAGCUUUUCAAGCGGUGAAUACAAGGAAGCUUAUGAUUAG